AUGAAGAGGCAAAAUAGCAAUUCUGGAAAAAACACUUUAAAGCAACCUUUGCUUGAGGAGGACAAGGUUAAAUCUCUUUUCAAUGCAAAACUAUGGGAUGAUGACUACAGGCGUGGCCUGAAAGAAGAGAUAGCAAAUUCAAAACCGUACAACUGGGGAACUAUACCCGAAUUAGUAAGUGACGAUUUGUUACGUGCGGUUCGUAAAGAGAUUGAAACGGAAAUUCACUUUACAAAGAAGGAAACUGACAUUUAUAAAGUUAAUCAAAGCGGUGAUCUAGCAAAUUUAGCUGGACUGGAUUGGAAUGAUCUAUCAAGAUUGCCUAAUUUAUAUAAGCUACGCCAAAUUCUCUACUCUGAAAUUUAUAGAGAUUUUAUUGCUUAUGUUACUGAUUCUGGUAAAUUGUCGGGACAAAAAGCUGACAUGAGUAUAAAUACUUACACCAAAGGCUGUCAUUUACUAACUCAUGAUGAUGUGAUUGGUUCAAGAAGAAUCAGUUUUAUUUUAUAUCUUCCCGAUCCAGACAGAACUUGGAAAUCUCAUUAUGGUGGUGGGUUGAGAUUGUUUGAUAGUAUUGUUUCCAACGUCCCAUGCUCAGAUUCUUGCGCGAAAUUAGUGCCACAAUUUAAUCAAAUUGCAUUCUUCAAGGUGAAGCCCGGUUUUUCGUUUCACGAUGUCGAAGAAGUUAAAGUCGAUAAACACAGAUUAUCCAUUCAAGGGUGGUAUCACAUCCCACAAGUCGGAGAAGACGGUCAUAUUCCUGGGGAAGAGGAAAAGUGGGUUCAAACAAAUACUUCGACUUUAGCUCAGUUGGAGUCAAAUGUUUUACAGGAUUAUGAAUUUCCAAAAUUUGAGAGAGACAUCUUACCUUAUCAUCAAGUUAAGCAUUUCGAAAAAGUUUUAGCACAAGAUAAGGUAGAGGACAUGUCUAAUAAUUUCACAGUUGAAAAUGGUAUUAAAGAACUUACGCCAAUUAGCGCUAUAUCGGAUGAAAAAAUAUUAAACGAACAGGAAUUGAAUUAUUUAAGACGGUAUCUCUCUGAACAAUAUUUGACCGAGGAUGGUAUAGCAAAGUUACAAAGUGAUUUCUUGGAAAAUUCUUCGUUACAAAUCGAUGAUUUCUUGAACGAAAAAAAAUCGACCUUAUUACAAAAAUUGAUCAAACAAAACGAAUUAGAGAAUGAUUGUCCAUACAAGGCAAAAGAUGUCCAAACACCAUGGAAAACAGCUAUUCCACCACAUAAAUGGAGAUACUUAUAUAUCGAUGGUAAAUCUCUUGAGAAUUUUCAAACAGAAACUGAUAUUCUAGAGAAUUUAAACCGUGAGGAGCUGCCCAAUUUUGAGUUGUUAAAGCAAACUCUGGACAAAUCAAAGAACUCAACUGAAAUUGAAUUGAUGGAUUUAGUUGAAUUCUUUAAAAGUACAAUUUAUAAAAAGUAUUUGGCAUUAAUCACAGCACUAUGUCCUCUAAGUGAGCAAGUUUUGAUUAGAAGAUUUAGGCCCGGCAAAGAUUUUACCUUAGCAACAAAAUGUCAACUGAACAAAAUCUUAGAAAAUGUCGAUGGAUUUGUUGACGCUGUUCUAGAGGGAACUCUUUGCAUAACACCAUUCGACGGUUGGGAAUCAGGUGAAGUUGGCGGCUAUGAGUUAUAUAUGGCUGACAAUGACGAGGAGGACGACGAAAAUGUUUCGAAAAAGAGUCAACUUGACAAGGAUGUCGAGGAUGCUUCCGUUUAUCGUACAGACGAUAGUGGUGAUUCAGUUUUACUCAAUUCAUCAGCUAGUUGGAAUACCUUCAACUUAGUUCUCAGAGAUGAAAGCGUACUGGAAUUUGUAAAAUAUAUCAGUUGGAGUGCAAAAUCGAGUAGGUGGGAUAUUAAGAUGCAGUGGGACGUAAAGUCUACUGAGCAAGAAUCAGAAAACUAA